UAAAUGAGAGGAGAGAGAGAGAGAGAGAGAGAGAGAGAAAGCAGAGACACGGGAAGUAAAUGAGUAUUAGAAAGGAAUCAAGGGAGAGCAUGUGUCUAUGUCAGUGUGAGAGAGAGAAUUGAGGAGAGGUAAUGAGACGGAGAGAGAGAGAGAAAGAGAGAUGUGUGUGAUAAAGGGUAUGGGUGGUGUGAUAACAGUGAGCGGACUCGUGUGUGUGUGUGUGUGUGUGUGUGUGUGUGUGUGAUGGGGGUUACUGUGUGUGUGUCAGCGAGCUCUGCUGCAGUAGAGGGAAGUGAGGGGCGCUGCAGUUUGCUCUGAUGGAAGAGUCAUUGGGGGAUGUUACCUCACCACUGAGACAUUAAGUCCACCACUCUUUUUGGAUGGGUGGGCUCACACUGGAAGGAUAGAACCAUUUCCUGGAACACUGAGUGCCUAGCUGGGGAUCAUGAAGUGGAACCUCUUCAAGAAGAAACCAGAAGCCAUGGUGGGUCCUGAGCCCACAGGUUUGGGAACAAACCCACCCAGCACCAUGACCAUGGCCCCUGGCCCUGCUCUAUCCACUGCAGCAGAUAACUCCACAAAGUCUGGAGGCUCUUCCGUGGAUGAGCUAUUUGAGACGAUCAGGAACAAAUUCCUUAAUGAGAUCGAGACAAUCCCAUUGCCUCCCUGGGCACUGAUUGCAAUCGCCGUAGUGGCGGCUCUUCUCAUCGUCACCUGCUGCUUUUGCAUCAUCAAGAAGUGCUGCUGCAAGAAAAAGAAGAACAAGAAAGGAAAGAAGGGCAAGGAUGGCUUCAACAUGAAGAAUAUGCAGGGUGGAGAUAAACAACAGGAUGAUGACGAUGAAGACGGAGAAACAGGUUUAACUGAGGAAGAGAAGGAAGAAGAGGAAAAAGAGCAGGAGAAACUGGGCAAGCUGCAGUAUUCUUUGGAUUACGACUUCCAGGAUAACAAGUUGACAGUGGGGAUCUUGCAAUGUGCUGACCUGAUUUCCAUGGACUCUGGAGGAACCUCAGACCCUUACGUUAAAGUGUUUCUCCUGCCUGACAAAAAGAAAAAGUUUGACACCAAGGUGCACAAAAAGACGCUGAAUCCUGUGUUCAACGAGACGUUUGUUUUCAAGGUCCCCUACCAGGAGCUGGGCGGAAAGACUCUGGUUAUGUCUGUUUAUGACUACGAUCGCUUCUCCAAGCACGACAUCAUUGGUGAAGUCAAGCUGCCUAUGAACACAGUGGACUUGGGACAGCCAAUUGAGGAAUGGAGAGACCUGGAAAGUGCCGAGAAGGAAGAGCCAGAGAAGCUUGGUGAUAUCUGCAUUUCACUGCGGUACGUCCCUACUGCUGGUAAGCUGACUGUCUGCAUUCUGGAGGCCAAAAACCUGAAGAAAAUGGAUGUGGGUGGACUAUCUGAUCCAUAUGUGAAGAUCCAACUGCUACAGAAUGGUAAGCGUCUAAAGAAGAAAAAGACCACAGUGAAGAAGAAUACACUGAACCCAUACUACAAUGAGUCCUUCAGCUUUGAGAUCCCACUGGAACAGAUGCAGAAAAUCCUUGUGGUGGUCACUGUCUUUGACUAUGACAAGAUUGGUAAGAACGAUGCCAUCGGAAAGAUCUUUAUCGGCAGCAAGGCCUCGGGCACAGAGCUGAAGCACUGGUCCGACAUGCUGGCCAACCCACGCCGCCCCAUCGCUCAGUGGCACACCCUGAAGGAGGAAGAGGACAUAGACGGCGCACUGGCUGCCCUCCAUGCCAAGAAGUAACUCCACCUCUCUACAAAGUCUACUAAUCAACUAACCUCCCUCCUCAACCUAUCCAACCCAGCCACCAAUGCAUGAAAGCGACCAACCACUGCCCAUGCCUACUCCAAAUAAUGUUCAGAAUAACGUACUUGAAAAGGUCAACAUUGCUGAAUGUGAAAACUUCAUGUCUCCCUAAAAAGCAGUUCAUCCUGUAGUGUUUACUGAGUGGAAGCAGCGUGGUUGAAGACGACAUGUUUUGAUGUCCCAAAGCGUUUUUUUUUUUCAAAAUAUCACCCCAUGCUCCUGCAACAGAGGGAUAUUUGCACAUGGAAUCAUAUAGCUUACAUGAAACAGACAUAUUUAUCUUCUCUGGUCAGUUACCAUCAAAAUUAUUUGAUUUAAUCAAAUGAUAUCACUGCAUGUAUAUAAGAGCGAUACAAAUAAAAUCACACUACCUGAUAAAAUAUAUUAAAAUAGUACAGGAAUAAAAUAUAUGAACUAUAUCAUGAUAUAUGUUUUUCACUUUGUAUGUAUCAACAAUUAUUAUAAGUUAAUAAUUGAUAACUGUAAUUGAUGGCUAUCCAAGAUUGUCACAUUUAGUGACAUGAAUUAAAAAUUUAAAGUAUUUUACCGGCACUGAGAUUUAAAGCAAAAUUUAGAAACCACAUAAUUUAGCCAUACACUGGUAUACAUUACCAGGACAUUGCUUAUGAACAGUAAAUCAAGUCAAUGUUAAGUAUUUACUUUAAAAAACAUUUGAAAGAUAUGUAAAUCUUAAAGGCUGCUAGAUGUGAUUUUAGCUUUUAGAAAUUUAAAGGUGACUGUGCUACUAACAUGACAUAAGAGUCAGGGCUGCAGGGUUUUUGGAGCGAUUUAUAGCUCUUUUGUUACCAAAAAAAUAAAAAAAGUCCUACAGUACCUUUUGAAAAAUAGUGUAAUAAGAUGAAAAUAAAUUUACUCUAAUACACCAUAUCUAAACCCUUAAAUCUGAUCUCAGUGCUGCAGAUGUGUAUUUCUGUAGGGUUUUAAAGAAAAAGAGAUUAUCCUGGCGGUAUUGCCUUAGUAAAUACGGACUCAAUUCAUCCAUCUUAACAUAUCAUUUAAACUGACCGAGAAUGCUUUGUGAGAACAAACCACCCGCCACCGAUUAAUAUGGCUGUUAAUUCACAGAAGCUUCGAACCCAUUUUCCAUCAUCUUGUAUAAUGUAUUAUAUACAUUUGAAGCCUCUGGUUAGUUCACUGCCUCGUUUGUUUGAAAGAAGGUUUGCCUACAACCACAAACAAACCCAUUAAACACCAUUUAAUCAGAAGACAUUUGAAAUGCCAAAGUAAUAACGCAGGUUUAAUGGGAAGGGACGCAGUUCACUGGAGAUGCGACACGCGCUGUCUCAUCUCCGUUCUUUUACGUUAGAAGGGACAAGACGAGACGAUAGGGCAUACUUAGUUCGGUCCGUUAAUGGGCACUUCUUUCCCUCUGCUCUCCUCUAAUUGUGCUGUACAUAUGCAUUGAUAAACUUUGUUAAUACAGCAUGUGUCUGUACCUUGAUGUACAUAGAAGCAUGUUUUGAAGAUAGAGCAUAUAUUGUGUAUGUGUGGCAUUUGUCAUUUUGAUAAUAAAACGUAGAGGAAAAAUACAAUGACUGCACACUUUAUUAAAUUCCCCGAAGCGGGUAUAGGAAUAAAUGUAAAUCUUUAGCUGAAGAUUUUAAAGCCUUUCAGGUUCCUUUAUUAUCCUUGUGAUCUGAGGAGCGCUAUGUGACAAUUUUGGUAUUUUUUUAUCAAAUGUGCCAUAUUACUGUGGUUGAGUUUGUGAUUUCUUUGUUUAUUUAUGAGCUUUUCAUGCUUUUAUUUCUUUCUUUUUUGCACAUUUUAUGUCCAGUGGAUGUUUCUUUGUCAAAUUAUUUUGUAUUUGUUCAGUCUUGCUGAUAAGUUAUGUUAUGUUUGGUUUAUGAAUGUAAUAUUCCGUUGUUGUUGUUGUUGUUGUUGUUGUUGUUUUCCAGUCAAAGAAAUCUGUGUGUAUUUACAAUAAGGAAAGCUAAGUCAGAAGCCAUAUAUGUGUGGUCCCUUUUCCACAAAACCUUAUAAUAAAUAGAAGAAGAACAUGUACCUCAGUGACGAAAAAGAAAAAAAAAUCACACUCUUUGUACAUCCCUUUUAUUCAAAAGAUGUGAAAGGAAAUCUAAGUUUUAGAAAAGUAGCUGUCUGUUGAAAGGCAGUGCAAUGCUUUAUUUCUUUUAAUGAACAGAUCAGAAGAAGGCAGGACUCAAAUCAUGCUAGAGCCAGUUCACGCACACACAUUUGUUAGUCAUAGAGUAUUUGUAUGUUAGUGGUAGCUAUCUCUACAUCAGUGAUCAGUGUAAUCCAAAAACUAAUUGAUUUAGUGUUUCACAUUAAUCAGUACACAAAUGCUUGCAAAAGAUAUGAUGAGUAGAACAAGUCCAGUUCUAGUGAUCCACAUGUAACAGUGGCAUGAUUUUAUUAUGCAAUGUGUGUCUAUGUUAGUGUAUGCCUGCGUGUGAGUGUGUGUGUCAAAUGUAUUUACAUUAAUCAAUCAAGGUUUGAAUUUUUGCCAGAUGGCUAGAACUCAUUUAUGAGUGUCUUAUAAUUGAUGAGAAAAAUAUAUAUAUAUCUAUAUUAUAGAUUAUUAAAACAAAAAUGUUGUUGUAAAAGCCUGUAAUUUAAUGUGAUGUGUGAUCCUUUUUUGUUUAGUUUAGUUUUUGUUUUCUCUUUCCUGACAUCCAAUUUUUUUUAUUUUUGAAAGAUCCUGUGCAUUAAUUUAUGUAGGAGUUACACUGGGCCUUUUUAAAAGUUUAAAAUGGUGACAGUGAAAUGUCUGUCAUUGGGAGGAGCUGUGACUAGCCUACUGUAAACGAGCAUUUUCUUUUCAUUUUAACCUGUGUGUAUGGAAGCAGUACGAAAACCCCAACAGGCCCUGUCUUUGGUACAGUGCUUACAUCAUGAAACGUCUAGCAAUGGAUCUAUUCCCCCACCCCAUCUUAAAUGUCUUCUUUUCUAAAUUUCCAUCAAAGAUGUAUUUUUGUCUCUGGAACAUUUGCUUUAAAGUGAUGUGAGCUUUUUCAGUCAUGUCCAGCUGCCAUGGACUUCUGUGCUGCUGCUUAGGACGUUGCAAUAGGACCAAUGAAAAAAAAAAAUCUUUAUGUUUUUUUUUUUGUGUGUGUGUGACACCAUGAUUGAAAAGCUACAGGGGAUCAUUAAACCCCUGCCAAGCAGACAACAAAAUCCCAGUCUUCCCUGGGACACUGGAUGCCAGAUGACUGGCCCCUUGCCCAUGCUAAGACAUUUAAUUUCACCACCUGUCCAGGCCAAUAUUAAUGGCAGUCACUUACACCUAUGCCAUAAUGUCAACACAUGCUUACUAACAUGAUCUAACAUACUCGUUCUCUGUAUUCAUUUCAUGGUGAAACCAUGUAAAAACGUUUCCAAAGACCUGCUCGUCCAUUGUGUCUCGUGUAGAGGUACCUGUGUCAGUGAUUCCUUUUGUGGAUGCUUUGGCAUGCUUUUAUCUCUUACAGAGCAAAACCAUUUACCAUCAGAAGAUAAACCUUUACUACACCUGUAGGUUAUUGUUAUUCUGUAAACCAAUAAUGUUCGUACUUGAAGAGAUACCAGCCACUAAAAAAAAAGGUCUACAUGCACAUUCAUCCAUUGGUUAUCGACUAGCUAAUCAUACGAAAUAAAGUCUUUUAAAUAUC